CCCCGGGCAACCGAGGAGCCACGCCAAAACGACGCAUGUGGGCCCCUAACUCGCGCUCUGCAGGCCCCACAAUUUGCUCUUCAUCAAUACUCUGUACAGUAUGCGGCGCUCACGUGACUGCGAGCACUGUAUGGAAAUGUCGGUCAACCUUUGGCUGACGCCUCUCACCUUUCAUAAACUUUAGCGAGAAUGCCUUAUCUGCAUGCAAGUCCAUAGCCGUUUCAAGAGUAACCCAGGAAAAGGCUGGGUGUGUGCGGGUCGGCGGGGCUUUGACCCAGUGUGACCGGCACUAUCGAGCAUUAGAGCAUGCGCGACUGCACUGCCCAGAUACAGCCAAGUAUCUCGGCUGGGGCGGGCAGCUGCGGGCGCUCAGAAAGAGACCUCCACAUGCGCCAACAUGCGGACCCCAAAACCCACCGCCUGCGAGGCCCUGGGCAUAACCAGAGACCUUACAUGACUGUGUGCAUGCCAUUAUAGCCAUCGCUGCCCACCAUAAGAGAGCAUAGAGUGCAAAAAGGGGGGACCCCUCCUGGAGCCUCGCUUUCAUUGAGUCGCGCCUUCUUGUUCUCUGUGCGUCUGUUGCUCUACAGAGCCUAGCUUUACUAGCUUGUUUACUGCUUAUUGACCGUUCUACAGACCCUUCUACGCUCGUUCUCGCACGCAACAAACCUGGGCGGAUGCAGACGCCGUUUGUGACCUAGGGCCGGCGGGCGCUGCGGCUGCGCCUUUCAAGCCCACUAGGGGCCAGGAGAACAGCAGCUGCUAGAAUGGCGGAGCGGGGACGCUAGCUCAUGGUCCUUGGAGUUUUGGCGUCAAUCUUGCGCUUCCCCGUCAAGCUCGUCAGUCGUUUUUGCUCCUGGUGGCUCAAGAUAGACCUGGACACAGCAGAGCACCUCAGGCGUCAUGGUAGAGGGGCUCUGCCUCCGCAGCAGCUGCACAACGUGAGGCAGGAGCCCAGCCCCGCGGAGCCUUGCCACCAUCAGGCGCGCAGAGCCAUGAACGGCAGCGCGCACGCAGACGCGGACGAGAACGCCUCUAGCUCGAGCCGGCAGACGCCGGGUCACCUUAUUUACGACAAGUAUGCCAGCCAGCGGCGAGCUUGGUGCGACUCCAUUCGCGACCAGACGCACGCAUGGAACUUUAACGCGUUCGAGCUCUACACCCGGACGCAUGGGAACCCUCUGGUGACCAUCACUGUCACCCUGCUCGAAUCCUACGAGCUCCUGGACGGCUGGCUGCUCGACCGGCAAAAGGUCGUCAAUUUCUUGUUGCGCGUGGAAUCGGAGUACAACCCGAACUCCUAUCACAACAACACGCACGCGGCGGACGUGACGCAGACAUCCUGCGUGAUCCUGGAGAGCUUCAAGAAGCAGGUGAAGCAGAUCUCGAAGCUGGAGUACUUCAGCAUCAUCAUUGCGUCCGCGGUGCAUGACCUGGGGCACCUGGGCGUCAACAACGACUUCCUCAUCAACAGCCGGCACCCGCGUGCCACUAUGUACAACGACAAGUCGGUCAACGAGAACUUCCACAUUGCGCGGGCGUUCGCUAUUGCGCGGGAGUCACCGGACCUGGACAUCUUCAGCGGGUUCAGCCUGGACGACCAGAAGCAAAUACGCAAGCUCAUGAUCGAGACGGUGCUCUCCACGGACAUGGCGGUGCACUUCGACCUGCUCAGCCGGUUCACGAGCCAGGUGGACGCGAAGCCAGACCUCAGCGAGUGGACGGACCGCACGCUAUUGUACCAAAUGCUGGUGCACUUAGCGGACAUCGCGAACCCGUCGCGGCCGUUCCACCUGGCGCGGGGCUGGGCUGAGCGCGUGAUUGAGGAGUUCUGCGACCAGGGCGACCGCGAGGCGGCCUGUGGGCUGCCGGUGUCCGCGAUGUGCAACCGCGUCACCAUGAACAUGCCGCGCGCGCAGCUAGGCUUCAUCAACAUCUUUCUGAAGCCCACGCUGAACUGCUUCGAGCGGGCGGCGCCGGACUUCGUGCGCAUGGCGCUGGAGCACCUGGACCUGACCAUCAAGGAGUGGCAGGGCCUGGACGCGGGGGGGCUGGUGCUGCCGCCGCACCUCAUGCCGCAGCCGUCGCCGCAGGCGGGGCAACCGGAGCAGGCGCAGCAGCAACAGCAGCAGCAGGGCUCGCCGGCGACUGGGGGGAAAGUCGAGGACACGCGGGCACCGCCGAUGCAGCCGCAGCUGCCGCUCAAGGUUGUGGACGCGGGGCCACUCCCCAAACGGCACCCAUGAGCGGCCAAGGCCGCGCGCUGCUGCGCUCCUGGUGGCGCAGCUGGCGAUGGCGGUGCCGCAUGGCACUUGCCCUAGUGCAGGAUUGGUGCUGGAGCUCGGCAACAGGCGGCGGCGAACAUUAGAGCUUGCGGCCGCUGCACAGCAUGCGACGGCGUCAGCGUAGACCGCAGCAACACUUGGAGUUGUGGCUAGCACUGGCCUCAAGGGCAAGUCAGCAGCAGGGUUGCAGGCGCAGCGGCCAGCAGCUGGGGAGGCGAAGACGCGGCCGCGGGUAGCAAUGGCUGCCUGCCUGCCUGCGGCAGCAGAGCCGCGGGUGGCGCGUGCAUAUUACCCGUGGCCGCGAUGGCCGCACUGUGGGGACGUUCCGUGCACGUGGGAGAACGCAGGCACAGCGACACCAAAGUAUGCAAUCGCGGCGACAUGGCGGCGGCAGCUUUGGCAAGUACGCGCGGCCGCUGCUUCACGCAUAGCGGGACGACUGGGCCCCCCUGCGGCAGGGGCUCCGCGGCAGCCGCAGGAAGGCUCCGCGGCGGCUGCUGGCCCGACGAACGUGGAUCUCGUAUUUUUGGAGUCGGCGGCAGCAACGGAAGUCGUUGUGCCCCAUGUGGGCGUGUAAGAUGCCGGCAGCGAGGGCUGGUACGUGAUACUCGGAGCAACGGAGCCGUCGGUACACGACAGAAUUGUAGAUGACACGUGUUGUGCUUGUGGGCGUUGGGAUCGCGGCACGGCCGAAGUGGCCGGGACGUUCUUCCGCCUGAGACGCGCCAGGAUAGAGCUCCUUAUGAUGCUGCCCCGGCGACGCGGGUGGGCGCAUGUGUGCUGCAUGAUUGCGGCACAGCAGGCAGUUAGGAAGGACACCGCGGAAGUUAUGCAUGAUUCGAGUACAACGGGUUAGGGGUUGGUAAACAUGUCUGACGCUAGGCGCGCGUCGCCAGCAGGAGCAGAGGGUUAGGAGUGUGUGCUUUUAUGCUGCGCCUCGACUAUGAACCAACAGCGUGCGAGGGCGCUGCCGCGCGCGACGUAGUAACCAACUGGGGCAAGGGAAGGGGACUGCUGGGCGUGCUGGCCUUGUGCUGGCCUCUGUCAGAGAGUACAUGGCAUCGCCAGUGCUUGGUGGACGAACUCUUUGGUCGGGAUAACUUACUUUAUUUGGUGUGGCGUCUGCCCCAACGCUGGGGCGCCAAGAGCUAUCGGUUGAAACUCCAUCGUGUGAAGGAAUGUAAUGCGGAAUUG